AUGGAUGGUGUGGUGUCUGUUUUCCCUAGUGAAACUAAGAAGCUCCAAACAACAAGGUCAUGGGACUUCAUUUGGUUUUCUGAAAUGGUGAAGAGAAGCGCCAUUGAAACUGACAGGGCCGGCCCAGGUCCAGUGCAGGCAGGUAAAAUUAUCGGAGCACGGUAUUACCGCAGUCUACCCUACCCCAAAAAUAGCAGUGAUAUCCUGUCUCCGAGAGACACGGAAGGCCAUGGAACCCACUGUGCAUCAACAGCAGCAGGGAACUUAGUUAGCAAGGCAAGUCUGUAUGGUUUAGGGUUGGGGACAGCAAGAGGAGGGGUGCCAUCAGCACGCAUUGCGGUGUACAAGGUUUGUUGGUCAGAAGGGUGCCUGGAUGCUGAUAUACUAGCGGCAUUCGAUGAUGCCAUAGCUGACGGUGUUGACAUACUCUCUGUCUCCCUUGGGGGGCUUAAACCGUUAGACUACUUCAGAAAUUCCAUUGACAUUGGAGCUUUUCACGCUUUAAGAAAAGGAAUAUUUACUUCCGCAUCUGCUGGUAAUGAAGGUUCAAACCUGAAAACUAUUACAAACUUUGCACCAUGGUCUCUUGCUGUGGCUGCUAGCACCAUAGAUCGUCACUUUGAUACCAAGGUUCAAUUGGGAAACCACAAAAUUUAUGAGUCCUAUGAUUUAUUGGAUAUGGUUCAACAUGAGUAUGAACUACCUGAGAUGGAGGUCGAUGCUCUAGAGGAUGACCUCACAGAAACACAACUCAAAACAUUAAAGUGGAAUCGGAUGGAGGAUGCUAUAGCACUUAGGAUCAUCCAGGGUGCUGUUUUAGACACCAUUUUCCCGAGGAUAACAAAUGAAGAGUCUGCAAAGGGAGCUGGGAAGUUUUACAACAAGAGUACAGAGGAGACACCAAAGUCAGAAAGGUAA